GCAGUAAUAAAUCUAUAGUUGUGAAUCUUUAUUUGUUUAUUAAUUUUUUUUUUAAAAUGCUGGAUAAUAUAAUAAACUUUGCAAAUUAUUGGUGGUUUCGUUACCUGAUGGUGACCGAGCUGUAUGUGGUGGAAAAAUGGGAGCGUGUAACGAUACAUGUCAUCUUUAUGUUACUGUUUUGCGUAUUCUGGUACUUUAACUACUCAAUAAUGCUAUCAAUGACUAGCAAUCUGCUUGGAUACACGCCAUUAUUGGCUAACAUGCUGCCCGCUAUGUCCCCUGGCCAAGGAGUAAAAGGAGGUUAGCUACGGCGUCCUGCACUACAAGAUUUUGGUGAUGACCAUAAUUGAAUUUCUCUAUAAGAAUCAGUUUUAAUUCCAUUGUAUACACUGCUAAGCUUAGCUAUGUAUGGAUAAGUUCUAAACUCUUGCUGUCUUUUUGUAAUUUAUACUUUACUUCGCACUUCAAUGCACUAUAUGCUAGAGUUUCAAUACAAAAAUA